AUGGACAUCGGGGACGAGAUUAUGGUGAUUGUCACGAUGGACAUCGGGGACGAGAUUAUGGUGCGGCUGUUCACGGAGGAGCAGAACGCUGAGGCUGUCCGGCGGCAACAACAGCAGCUGGUUCUGACGAGCAUGCUGCGCGUUCGCCAUCCUUUCUUCGUCGUGCCUCGGCGCGGCGUCUCAAAGCUAGGCAAGAGGAGGAACCGGCUUGACGCCGACUACUUCAACGACGACGCGACUCAUUCACCGAAGGAAUUUUGGUACCGGUUUAGGAUGAAGAAUGAGCUGUUUUUGAAGAUUGUCAACGACGUCAGGGAGUACGACAAUUGCUGUGAGACGAGACGAGACGAGACGAGACCAAACAAGCCAACUCUUUCUACUCGUACCCGCUUUACUCUACACAUCCCCCGCGACUCCACUCACCCAGCGCACACGAACACAAAACAACCAAGGAGACACCCACUGCGCUCCCCAUCUCCACAUGUCAAGCAGCGCACGGCCGACACAGCCCCCCUGAGGCCAGGACGCCACGCCCUCGCCGUCGUGGCUAUGACGCCACCGGCCUUCCUCGCCCUCGCGCUCCUCGCCUUCUCGACGCAGUCCCCGGCGCUGGCGCAGCUAUCGGCUCCGCAGCCGGCUGCGGCUCCGGCGCCCAGCUGGGGGGAGCUGGACUGCAGGGGCGCGAUGCUGAACCUGUCGUCCUGCCUGACGUACGUGGAGGCCGGGAGCGCGCUGACGCGGCCGGACAAGGGCUGCUGCGGGGCGCUGUCCGGCGUGGUGGACGGCGAGGCCGCCUGCCUGUGCGGGCUCGUCGGCGGGUACGGCUCCUUCGGGGUCCGCGUGGACGCCGUGCGCGCGCUGGCGCUGCCCACCGCCUGCCGCGUCGACGCGCCGCCGCCCAGCCUCUGCGCCGCGCUCGGCAUGCCCGUCGCGGAGGCGCCCGGCGGCGGCCCCGUGCCCGCGGAGUCAGGAUACGGCACGCCGGCGACCACGCCGGCAACGUCGACCGCGAGCGGCGGCCCGGCGGCGGCGGCGAGGCGCGGGAACCGAAGGCGUCACCUGCGCCUCGUGCUCCUCCCGUACUGCGCCGCGCUCUUCACGCUGCUGCCGUGACUCCCGAUCCCGCACGGCACGCAGGCGUACGGAGCUGCUGCCUUUCCGCUCCGAAUCUGUACAAGUGUACAUGUACACACGCGCCGAAGCGCGCGACUCAUCAAACCGAUUCAAUUUCAGCA